AUCGUGCCGGUACAAAGGCAGCUCCUCGCUUGAUCUGGCUUCUGCAGUCUGAUCGCUGGCUUCUGCACUCUGCGUCCUGCAUCCUGCCGCCGUAUUAUCCGCAAUCCACAUCUGAUCUUGUCCGUCUUCCUACUAGUGCUACAUGUAGUAGAUAGUACGACAGCUAUGCAAAAUGAAGGCCCAUCAUCUGACCAUGCCAAGAGCGCCAAGCGCAAGAGAUUGGCGCCGAAGGACAACAAGACGAACGAAUCCGACUCCAUGGUUCCGGAAGGGCUGCUGCCGUCCUACUUGGCCGAAGCGUUUGCUGAUUUGUACGGGGAGGACGGCUUGUUGGUUCUAGGGAAAGGUCUGGGUUGGUUGAGCCUGCUGGCAGUCUUUGUUCGAUUCUAUGGGGAUGUGAAAGAAGGCCAUGUGGCAGCGUCGGCAAGUGGAAAGAAAGGCGACCACGCUAUUACAAAUACAAGUAAACCUCCAUUGGUCGUUGUCUUGGGUUUAAGGGAUAAUGAACCCAAGGCCCUUGUUUCCGUACUCGAAUCUUGGGGCACUCCGCCUCAGCUGAUGCCGAAAAUGAUUACCAAUGAGACAGGGCUGAAUACAGAUCGGGCAGUCAUGUACAAACAGGGUGGGGUAUUCUGUGUCACCAGUCGGAUCCUGAUUGUGGACCUCCUCAACGGGACUGCUGAUGCCAAAGACAUUGAUGGUCUCCUGGUCGCUCAUGCAGAAAGAGUCGUAGAAGAGUCCACAGAAGCCUUCAUUCUCAGAAUCUUUCAUAGUCAAAAACUAGCCGCUUCGUCUAUUGUGGAGAAAGGAGAAAAGUCGACUGACGACAACGCCAACGCAACAACCGGUUUUGUCAAGGCAUUUACCGAUGCUCCAGAUUCACUCAUGUCGGGAUUUGCCCGGGUCGACAAAACAUUAAAGGCACUUCGGGUGCGCCAACUCUACCUGUAUCCACGCUUUCAGGAUGCCAUUCGACAAGAGCUGGAAGCGGCUCCACCGCAUGUCGACGAACUGCAUCAGGAGCUUUCUCCUUCCAUGAUUGGCAUUCAAAAUGCCAUUGCAGCAGCGAUUCAGGGAUGCAUUCGAGAACUCAAAGGGUCCACAAACCUACUCGAAUGGACCAACGAUGACCUUUCGGUCGAAAAUUGUGUCACGACAAAUUUUGAUCAAGCCAUUCAGAGACAAUUGCAGAACGACUGGCAUCGUCUCAAACCACAAACAAAACAAAUAGUGCAGGACCUGAGAACUUUGCGGACCCUCUUUCAAAUGCUGAUUCAGUACGAUUGCGUCAACUUUUACAAAACCUUGACUGCCAUCAGAAACAUGAGCGCCGGGUCAAGGAAUCCGUCCAUGUGGCUGCUCAUGCCGGCUGCCGAUAUGCUUUUUCGAAAAGCCAAAGAAAGAAUAUUCAAAGUAAUCGAGGGAAAGCCAACAGCCAAGGUGCCAAAACCGGUUGCCAAGCUCAAACCUAUCUUGGAGGAAACGCCCAAGUGGAAGCUUCUGAAACAAGUCUUGGGAGAAAUUCAGCAGGAGGAAGAGGCAAGGAAGAAGAAACGACCAGAAAACAGCAACAAUCUGCAGCAAGGGCCAGCAAAUGUCUUGGUGAUGGUGAAGGACGAAAAAGCUGUGGAAGCUGUCAGGGCAUAUCUUGUGGACGGCAAGAGCCGAAGAAUGAUGCUCCUGUGGCUUCGGUACUUGGAACACGUCAACGACAGGUCAAGGUCGAUUGCUGACACAAAGGAUAUGUCGGCAAUUUCAGAGGAGAGCCGACUUCUGUUGGAGGAAGAAGGAAGAGUGCGAAGGAUGCUGUUUGGUAGACAUGGGCCAUCGAAAAAGAAGGCCAAGCAGGGCGCCACCAAAGACGGAAAGCGCAAGAAGCAACUCAACGAAGUGCCCGACUAUGUGCGAAAGCGGCGUAGAAUUGCAACAGAAAAGAGCCGAGGCGAGCUCACUGGUGGCGCUGAUGACCUGGAACGACGAGCUAUCUUGGACGAAGCAGUAGAAAGAACCGAACAUGAAAUGGGAGAAUCGGCAAAUCCGUCCAAAGAUGAUGACGAUGAAAACGAUGAUGGUGUGAACGACAAAUACGAUGACGACAACAUCAUGUUCUCCGUUAGCGUGCCCGAGGAACUUCGAAUAGUGGUCAAGAGCCACGCAUCCGUUGACGGCGAUGAAGCGACAAUCUUGCUGAACGACCUGCGUCCCUCUUAUGUUGUGUUGUACGACGCUGAAGUUGCCUUUAUUCGGGCGCUUGAAAUCUACUCGUCUCUGUCAUCGGCGUCGAGGGAGGACCCCAUGCGCAUUUUCUUUCUCAUUUUUGAGGCUAGCGCAGAGGAGAAGACAUUCACAAAAGCGCUGGAAAAAGAGCAAAACGCCUUCGAGCGGCUCAUCCACCACAAGAAGACGAUGCCUCCUCCUGCCUUGCAGACUUUGGAGUCUCAGGAAAUGCAACAAGCAAGCGCUCAAGGAAUGGUUGGUGGCUCAUACAUGAAUGGGGCCCUUCCGCUUGCAUUCGACACACGCCAGGGCAAAGGCAAAGCAAAAACAAACGAAUUGAGGGAUAUCGCCGUCGACGUGAGAGAAUUCAGGUCCUCGUUGCCAUCAAUUUUGCACCAAGGAGGAAUGAGAAUAGCCCCAGUGACACUUACGGUGGGGGACUUCGUCCUUAGCAGUGUCCACUGCGUAGAACGCAAGGGUAUUAGUGACUUGUUUGGUUCGUUCGCCAGUGGCCGCCUUCACGAUCAGGUGCAAGCCAUGUGCAAGUACUACAAAUGCCCCUGUCUUCUCAUCGAAUUUGACGGGAAGAAGUCGUUCUGUUUGCAGAACUCGAACGAGAUGGGAGUGGAAAUCAAAAUGGACUCUAUAUGUUCAAAGAUGGUCCUGUUGACGAGAAAGUUUCCAAAGCUACGCAUCUUGUGGUCUCGGAGCCCCCACCACACUCUGGACAUAUUCAAGGAACUCAAAUCAAACCACGAGGAAGUGAACGUGGAAAAGGCGAUGGAAGCUGGCCGCAGCGAGUCUCUGGAAGCUUUUUGCGAGGAAGCAGGUGAAGACGACGAAGUAAACGAAAUUGCCAGGACGAUGUUGAUGCGUUUGCCUGGCGUAAAUGUUGCAAUUGCACGAAAGAUCAUUGAAAACUGCGACUCUCUCGCGGAGCUCGGCGCCAUGUCCCGGGAUGAGCUGCGCAAAGUUGCCGGUCCUGUUGCAGGACAGAAGCUCUUUACUUUCUUUCGUCAAAAUAUCGCAGCCACAUAAAACUUCACCAUGUUGCAUCAUAAUUUUAACACUAUUCACAUGUGCACUAACACGAACAUGGAGC